CGAUGGGCUCGAGCAGGAUGCUGUUGCUGUUGUGGCCGCUGCUGAUGGGUCUGGGACUCGAGGCAGAGGCCGACCUCGACGGCGAGGCUUACGGCCUCGAUAACAGGCUGUCGUACGUGAGGCGAGAGAACGACGCCAUCGCCAGGCUCUACGAGAACAUCCUCGACGUGCUUCAGUGCCGGCUACCCCGCGAGAGCGGCGCUCAAAUCAAGGUCGGGAAGGAUGCUCUGCUGGCCAAGCAACCUGUUCAGGAUCAAAACUGGAGGAGUCCCAAGGGUCUCGGGCAGGUUUCCGGCGUGGCCAUCGAUCCGGCGGGACGUCCCGUCAUUUUCCACAGGGGGGAUCACAUCUGGGACUUUGACUCCUUCGACGAGGAGAACCGCUUCACAAAGCGCAUGGAUGGGCCCAUUGCCGUUAAUACGGUGUUGACAUUGAAUCCAGAGAACGGCCAAGUCGAAGACGAAUGGGGCAGCGACGCGUUCUACCUGCCCCACGGCAUCUACGUUGACGCGGAGGGCAGCGUCUGGCUCACCGACGUCGCCCUCCACCAGGUCCUUAAGGAGGGUACGGCCGAGCCGGAGCCAAGUCUCGUCCUGGGCGAGCGCUUCGUCCCAGGUGGCGACGCCCGCCACCUCUGCCAGCCGACCUCGGUCCUCGUGCUGCCCGGCGGUGAGAUCGUCGUCGCCGAUGGCUACUGCAACGAGCGCAUACUCCUGUUCGAUCCAAUGGGACGUCUGCUGGAGCAAAUACCGCCGCGGGGCAACGAAGAUAUGCUGAGACUGCGCGUACCUCACAGCCUGACGCUUGUGAAUCACAACAAUGUUUGCGUGGCAGACAGGGAGCAUCAGCGAAUCGUAUGUUUCAAUCUGACGAGGACGUUAGAGGAAGGUGCGCCCGGCAGAAAAGAGCAAAUGCUCUCGUGGUUGCCCCUGGUUAUCCAUCGGCCAGGUGCCUGCAGGAUUUUUGGCGUCACUUCGCACAAUAAUAUGCUGUAUGCCGUGAAUGGACCGACAACGUCACACAAUCCAGUUAUGGGCUUCACUCUGGAUCCGGAGAAUGGUUCCGUUGUUUCCACGUGGGCUCCUACAUUCGACUCGUUCAGCAAUCCGCACGAGAUCGCUGCCUGCCCCAACGGUACGGCCCUCUACGUGUCGGAAAUCGGCCCGAACGUGGUGUGGAAGUUCAGGCUGCUAACGAACUGGAAAAUGUAAAUUGAGUUAUAAAAAUCCUAUCUGCGAAGUGUAUCGCUCGCUCGGGACUCGCCUAUGAUACGCGUCGGAGAAAAAGAAGAGGGAAGAACGAAAGUAAAAAAAGAGAAUUGUGGCGGAUGCGAAUGUACAAGAGGCCGAUGAAGAGGAAGAUGUGGAGAAGGAGGG